AUGACGACGACGCAGCGCGUGGUGCAGACCCCCGAUGGGAUCGACGUGUCAUCGCUGGACGAGCGGCAGUUCAAGUACCUGACGCUGCCGAACGCGCUGCACGCGCUGGUGGUGUCGGACCCGAGCACGGAGACGGCGUCGGCCGCCAUGGACGUGCGCGUGGGCUUCCACUCGGACCCGGAGGAGCUGCCGGGGCUCGCGCACUUCUGCGAGCACAUGCUCUUCCUGGGCACAGAGAAGUACCCGGACGAGAACAGCUACAGCGUGUUCCUCAACGCGCACGGGGGCAGCAGCAACGCCUUCACGUCCGGCCGCGACACCAACUUCUACUUCGACGUGGGGGCCGCCCACCUGCACGAGGCGCUCGACCGCUUCGCGCAGUUCUUCAUCGCGCCGCUCUUCACGCCGAGCGCCACGGAGCGCGAGAUGAACGCCGUGGACUCGGAGAGCACCAACUACCUGCAGGACGACAGUUGGCGCAUCAACCAGUUGGAGCGCGGACUGGGCAACCACAAGCAUCCGUACCACAAGUUCGGCGUCGGCAACAAGGAGACGCUGGGCGCCACGCCGGAGGAGAAGGGGAUCGAC